CUGUAUCGUCUUGAGCGUGUGAGUGAUUGAAACGAAAAGGAUAUUUACUGAUCAAGCACAACGAAAGGCUAAGUGGUGUUAACCAGCGCACAUCGCCGACAGGAUGUUCCGCACAAAGAAAGACGUCGAUCGGCAUGUGCAGAACAUCUUCAGCAAGCUGUGGAACGAGAACGAGAAAAAUCUUCGUUCUUAUAACGUUGCCAAACUGUAUUAUCAAGUAGGUGAUUAUGAGUCUGCAAAGAGAUAUGUAUCUAGUUAUUUAGAAGUACGAGAUGAAUCUGCUAGUGCACACAAGUUAUUGGGUCAUGCGUACGAGGCUCUUGGUCAGAAGGAAGCAGCCUUGAACGAAUAUAAGACAUCUCUUGAACUUGAAGCACGACAGGAUGAUCUUGUUUUAAAAGUAUGCGAUUUAUUGACUGACACAGACGUAGGAAUGGAUGUUAAUAAAAUAAAAUACUGGAUAGAACGAGCGGACAAACAGUUUCCACAUCAUCCAGUGGUUUUUAAAUUAAAGGAGAAGUUACUAACUAUGGACAGACCAAAUAGCAACAAUGAGGAUCUCGAGAAGCUCAUUACAUCUGAAUUAAAUGCAAGACCAAAUGAUGUCCAACUCCGAGUCAAACUAUUGAAACAUUAUAUGUCAAAGUACAAGUAUGAUAAUGCUUAUGAACAUGUUGCCAGUGUGGAAGCCACUCAUGGUUACAGAAACAGUAUCAUGUGGUAUCAGACAUUGUGUGAUUUACUGACAAGAUGCAAAGAGACUAUGCACUCUGACUGGUCCUUCUGGGUACUCUUUAUUUCUUCAUUGGAAAGAUAUGCAGCAUUGUGUCUCAAAGAACAAGGCAGUGAGAUCAAAAAAAGCGUUCCAGAAGCAACUCAAGCAGUAUUUAAUUUUGAUCAGAAUCUGACCGAGUUGAAAUUAAAGAAUUUCUCCAAGCACCAGGUUUUCACAGAGCACAUGCUCACGCACAUGUGGGGUCAAUUGCACUUUCAUCUGGCGUGCUUGUUGCUGCGUAAAACAAAACGAGAGCAAGGCAGUUGGAGUGAAGCAGGCAGACUGUGUGCACCUCUGCUAUUAACUGCAUUACACGUAACUCCAAUAGACCCCAGUGCUACAUGGAUUAUGCAUAUAAAGGAUCCGUCUAAGAAUCAAAUCAAUUUAUGGCAUAUAGAGGGCUCGUAUCGAUGCAGUCAGGCUGGUCACGUUCUUCAAGAUUAUGGUAAAGACGACACAAAGAAGCUGAUGGGCAAAAUUGAUAAAUUUUGCACAGAUAAAUGGAGAGAACGUGUUUAUCAGAGAAUUUUUGUAAGCAGGCUACAUCUUGAUCAUACGCGAAAUUCAUAUUUCUGCAAUCAUUCAGCAUCUAACUCGCCUUUGCGCCUUUGCUCGCAAAGUGAAUUAAAACAUUACGACGAAGUUGCGGAACGAGUGUGGCCCGCUUCGUUGCAUCAUCAGGUCUGGCUCGGGAUACAAAGUCGAUCGCAUCAUUUUCUGAAGAAGGACGGCAGCCCCCAUCCGCAUCAGUACUCUCAUGUGUUUCCAGAAUUGCAGUUCUCGGUAUACAAUAUAAGUCAAGCCGCACCGGACAGCUUGUGCCAGCUUGACAUCGACGCGUUCUUAAACGCGGCGAUUUUAUGUUCAUCGGCGAUUGUGGAAGAGCAACAGCUUGGCAGUUUCCUCAGUCCUGACAGGUUGCCGACUUUGCCGGCUGAUCUGACGGCGACACUCUGCACUUGCAACCAGGAGAAAUGGUGGUCUGCGGCAUACAGAAUGUAUUCCAAGCAGAAAAACAUCGAGGGCGACAUCGGAGAGCUGAGACAUGAGUUGCAGCAAGGCCUUGAGGUCGUUCGCUGCAUCGGCAAUCACGGCUUGCAUCCAGUACUGCUGGUUCAUUUGGCGCGUAUAUUCCAGUACCGUACGAAGAUGUUGAAGGAGAAAGACAAAGAACACGGCGACAUUUCAAUGUUGGAAGCGCGCGCCGAGCUGUAUUGGAGCACAGCCGUGCCUCUGCUCGAGCGUCUGCAGAACAACCAGACGAUACGCAUGUCCGCAUCGAGGCUGUUGAACUAUCAGGGCAAAGAGAUGAACAACAUCGAGCUGACCAAUGCUCUCGAGGAGGGCAAGCUGCUGUUGGCGCAGAGAUUCGUCCGCGAUAAGCAGUACGAGCAAGCGAUCGACGCGCUGCAGGCACUCAAGUGCCCGGACGCGUCGUUCCAACAGGCGCAGAUCUACAAGAUGUUCGCGGACGAGAUCGUAAACUCGAUGCCACGCGAGAGUCUUACCUCGGAGAUGCGCUCACAGCACAUCAUAAUGCUGUCCAAGGCGAGGAACUGCUAUUACCUCACGCUCGACCGGCUACGCAGCCCUGGCAUGAAUCCUAAGCACCCGCUCAAUUCGGAGCUGGGCACUCACAUCGCCGACAUCGAGAACGAGCUGAAGAGAAUCGACCCGGAUCUCGGCAGGAGCGACUUGAGUAGGAACGACUGCGACGGCAUGUCCGACGAGAGUUACUCGCCCGCUCACAGCGCCGUUGAUCAGACGGUCGCGAAUGCACCAUUGCCGAACCUGACGGCGCACAACAUCCUGAGCACACCACAGAGAAACACUCAACGCGCACCUAAGCAUACCAGUACGCCGUGUAGGCCGCAGCACCACGAUAUCCUGGAUCUAUCACGCAAUCGCACCGAAGCACGUCCAAGCCCGGAGCGUCUUGACGCGCAGAUCCGCCAGAUUAUGCAUUCUAGGGAUAACGUAGUGCAGGAGUUGGUGGAGCAGAUGAAGGGUAUGACGGAUCACAUGAAAACGCUCACAGAGAAGAUGGAGGGCUUAAUGAAAGAGAUGGUGGAGUUGCGCAAGGACAACCAGAAGCAAUAUCAACAGCAACAGCAGCAACAACAGCAACAGCAGCACCAACAACGCGUACAGCAGCAGAUGAACAUGAAUGCCAAUGUCGAGGACGACUUCUACGUCCUCGACAGCGACGAGUACGCCGACUUGAACUACCCGAAUCAAUCCGGCCAGGCGGCGUCCACGAUCUCCGGUAACAUAUUCACUCCGCCGCACCGUCAUCCCUACUCGUCGCUGAUGUAUCCCUCGGCGACCACGUUCCAAGGUUACUAUCAGAGUGCGAUACCCGGGUUCAGUGACCCGAACGCCCAGGCCAUACCGUCUCUGUAUCCGCACAACAUGUAUCCGAUGCCGAUGAUUUAUCCAAAUCGCUCAGCGAAGGUACCCGAGAACCUGCUCCAACAGGGUUUGUUCGCGUCGCGAAUACCAUCGCAGGCAUUGCCUGAUCUCAUGCCAAUUCCCGCUACGAAUCCGCCGCCGACACUGCAGAUGCCGUUGCAGAAGGUCGAGCCGCCGACAAAGCCUCCUGAGCCUGCCCCGACAACCAUCAUCAAGGAUGCGCCGGUCAAUAAGGCGCCGCCCGUCAACGUGGUCAUCACAACGUCCGACACGCUGCCGACCACGGCGCCGCCCGUGCAGCCGACCUUGAGCGUCACCAUACCACCGCAGUACCGACUGGGAGGCACGAUCGUCGCCACCUCUGUCAGUACGACGAUCACGGCGACGUCGGAGCCGAUGAUAUCGUCGACGACAUCGUCCAACGCGCCUCACUGUUACCAAAUUUCCAUGCCGUCUCAGGCUACCAUACCGACCACCGUCAAUCUGCCACCCUUGUUGCCCACUCUCACUACCACGCCGGCCAGCAUGCAGACCAUGCAGACAGCGGACUCUCACCGGGCCGGAUUGACCGACAAGACCAACCUCAGCGCGAUUUACGAGACGAUCGAGUCGCCCAACAUCUCCACGGACGUAUGCGAAACAGAGCACGACCCGAUACCGGACUUUGUGCCGGUUAUACCGCUGCCAGCGGAAGUGAAGGUGAUGACUGGUGAGGAGGACGAGGUCACGUUGUACUGUGGCCGUGCGAAACUGUUCCGCUUCGUGGACAAGGAAUGGAAGGAGCGCGGGGUCGGCUACGUGAAGCUGCUGCGCAACAUUGAAGGCAAGGUGCGUUUGCUGAUGCGCCGCGACCAAGUCCUGAAAAUCUGCGCGAACCAUAUGCUGCGCCCGGACAUGGAGCUCACCAGCAUGGCGAAUAACAACAGGGCCUGGUGCUGGGUGGCGAACGACUUCGCCGACGAGGAGGUGAAGCUGGAGAAGCUCUGCAUCAAGUUCAAGACCGCGGAGGAGGCGUUGGCGUUCAAGGAGGCCUUCAACCAGGCCCGGCUUAGUCUGACGGCAUCCGCAGAGACGGUUCCCAAGCUGGCGAGUGAUAAGAGUUCUGUAUCCUCUAGCAAGAACCUGACCAAGGCGCAAAAAGCGCAAGCCAGUCCGCAGGCCAAGAUCAACUUGCUCGCGGAGCCGGCUUCGACUGCGGAUAAACCGAAAUCCGGCACGACCACUGUAGGAGGAUUCUCUUUCAGCUCGAAGCCCAUCAUUCAGGAGGUGAGCGAUACGACGAGCGAGUCGAAGAAAGCCGAAGAGCCACCGAAGGUCAGUCCGUUCAGCGGAUUUUCCUUCACCAAAUCUACCAUCACUACCACUACCACGAGCACUUCGACACCGUCUACGGGUUUUGUUUUCGCUACGACUGCGACUCUGGUGACGACCACGCAGUCUGACCUGGUGGGUCAAGGCACGGUGUCCAGCUCAGUGUCGCCGAUGUUCUCCGCGCACGCGACCACUUUCGACCAAAACUCCACUCUCAAUGCGCUGCUGAGGAGACCUCGCAUACCGGCACCCGGUGCAACGAAAGUAAGCUCCCACGAGAAGGAAACGCGGCCGCAGACCGAGAACGAGCAGAAGCUGUUCGACGGGAACGCGAGUCUCCAGUGUCAGAACAGCGACACCAAGCAAUGGGAGAAUAAAGGUUCAGGCUCGCUAAAGCUACUGUUGGACGUUAAAUCCGGCAAGCUCCGUCACCUGAUAACGGACGAGAGCAGCUCCAAGGUCCUUUGCGGUUACGGCAUCCCGUUAAACGCAUCGUUCACACUGAAGACCGGCACUACGGUUGUUAACUGGACCGCCCCGGUAGACUCCAAGAAAGAACGUGCUAAGAUUCUAUUGUUCCACGCCGCGACCUUCAAGACAUCGGAGUCAGCCUCACAGUUUUACAACACUGUGUCCAGCUGCCAACAGAAGCUGGCCAAGGGCUGCAAUCCGAGCGAGGUCGCGAAAGAAUUUGACAGAAAGACAUCAUCACGGACUCCAGCCGAGACCAAGGGUCAGAACGCUGCGGACAACAAGCCUCCGUUGUCGGAGCUGUUCAAGCCGCCGAGCGGUUCUUGGGAGUGCGAUGGCUGUUACACCAGGAACAAUGCCGCAGACCUUAAGUGCAUAGCUUGCGAGGCUCCAUCGCCUUUGGUCGUGAGUAACUUCAGCGCGACUACCAACUCCAAACUCGUGGACUCCAGCAAACCACCUUUGUCUGAGUUAUUCAAGCCUCCCGCUGGCUCUUGGAACUGUCCAGGAUGUUAUAUCGUGAAUUCCGGCGCAAACAUCUACUGCGUCGCCUGUGACCAGCCCAAAGACCCGUCGCAGCCACCUAAGCCGCAGCAGAACGUCUUCCAGCUGAGCGUCUCCGGCACGGCCACGACUCCGAUGACCACGUUUACUUUCGGUAUCCCGAAGGACGCCGCCAAAGAGACCGGCGGCGGCAUCAGCAGCGGCUUCAGCUUCAGGAUGCCGAAGCCAGAAGACAAGAGCACGAACGAUGGCGCGAAGAUCACGUCCACGACCCCACAGACGAAAACCGAAGACACCGGAGGCACUAGCUUCGUGUUCGGCAUGCCGACGAAGAGCAGCGGCGGCGGCGCGGUGAGCUCGGGCGACUCGCCGUUCACCUUCGGCACACCGACCAAGUCCUACGGCUUCAACUUCACGGCGCGAGCAUCUUCCAAAUCUCCCGGUAGCGCGGGCGGCGAGAACAGCGAGGACGAGGUGGUGGAGAGCGACGACAUCCACUUCUCGCCUAUCAUACCAUUGCCGGACAAGAUCGAGGUGAAGACCGGCGAGGAAAACGAAGAGGUGGUGUACAGCCACCGGGCGAAGUUGUUCAGGUUCGACACCGGCGUGAAGGAAUGGAAGGAACGCGGGUUGGGCGACAUCAAGUUACUGCGCCACAAGGAGACCGGCAAGCUGCGGCUCAUCAUGCGGCGGGACCACGUACUGAAGCUCUGCCUGAACCAUAUGUUAUCCGCCGAGCUGGAGUUCACGGCUAAGGACGAGAAGACAUGGCUGUGGAACGCCGCGGACUACAGCGAGGGUGAGAUCGAGUACAUGCAGUUUGCGUGUCGCUUCAAAACAUCUGAAAUCGCAGAGAGCUUCAAGAAAGCGAUUGACGAUGCCAGGAAGGAUGUGAAAGCGGCUGUCGCCAGCAGUGAGAAGGCGGACAAGUCGCCGGCGAAAGCGACGGCGAAGGUGACCAGCUCGCCGAUCCAAGAGAUCGAGAUCCUCUAUGAGGCGAAGGUCACACCAGAGGAAAAGGCAGCGGCCUUGAAGCUGCAGCUACCGGAGAACUUCUAUGCCUACAAACUCAAGGAAGAUUGCCCAGGCUGCAGGGGCUGCAGGAAACCGAGUAUAGUCCUGUAUUCCGACACAUCUACGACGCAGCCGAGUAAGUGGACGACUAUACCAGAAGAGAAAAAACUGACAACUCCAGCAUCGACGAACGCCGCUGCAGGCUUGAAACUCACUUCGAGCGUAAUCACGACUCCUUCGUCGACAAACGAGGCGAAAGGUGGCGAGGUCGCCGACCAAGUGACUCAAUCUACCAUGAAGAACGGUUUCUCCUUCACGAUGCCACCCGUCACGACAUUCAAGACCACCUCAACUCCGACAUUCGCUACGUCGAGCGUCUUCGACGGCUCCACGAUGAGCUUCGGUACCGGCGACCUGAAACUCUUCAACGACAACAGGUCGACGACUUUCUCGUUCGGCAUGAAUCCUCAAUUCGGCGCCAACGAGACCACGGAGAAGGCGCCGACAGUCUCGACACCGGACAAACAGGGCAUCUCGCUGCUCGACAGCAUGAAGAUUUGCAGUCCCGCUAAUCUUUCAAUUACUCAGACUACCACUGCUGCCGCGACUCCCAAUGCGACCACCGCAUCGUCGAUAUUCAAUCAGACGGCCAAUACAACCGGAUCAAUCUUCAAAGCGCCUGUCUUUACCUUCGACAGCGGCAAGAACAUGUUCGGCGGCACUGACAAAUUCGCAAAACAGCCCAUAUUCGGCAGCAGCGACGGCAACACUCUGUCGUUCGCCAACGCUUUCAGUACCUUGAAGACUACUCCCACCACCACCGCUGCUACCACGACAAAUUCCACCCCGAAGACAACGCCGUCGGUCAGCGUGAGCACCACCUUUGGCAGCAGCUCGCUGUUGUUCGGCUCAGCACCCGUGCAGCCGAGUUCCAAAGUCAACGACACCGCCACCACGUCGACGAUCGCAUUCGACGUAUCUAAUCAGUCUAACAGCGCGAUUUUCAGCACCAGUUCAAUCACGCCCUUCUCGAAGAUAACAUUCGAUAGCAAUGCCCCAGUGUUCGGCAAUCCCGCUACGAUGACGGCGGCGCCGAUGACAACGACGGCGACCACGAAUGUCUUCGACACGAAGCCGUCGGAUGGCGCUCAGAAAGAAGAGGACAUCAACAACUUCUUCCCUUCGAACAACAUGUCGUUCACGGCGCUUGCUGCCAAUGCCGCGCAGCCGCAAGCCUUCAAGAAAGAUCCCAACUUCUCGUUUGCUGGCGCAGGAUCGUCUGUAUUCGGCUCGAAGUCCGCCGAGUCGCUGAAUGUCUCGACGACGAUUGGAAACAAAUCGACGCGCGAAGAUUCCAUGCAUAAGGAUGACAAUGAGGAAGAUGACGCCGGCGAGGUAGAUAAUGAACAGGAGCACGAUCCUUACUUCGAACCUAUCGUUCCGUUGCCAGACACCAUUGAAGUGAAAACCGGCGAAGAAGAUGAAGAGAAAGUGUUCUGCCAAAGAGCCAAGCUGUACAGAUAUGACAGCGCCACGAAGGAGUGGAAGGAGAGGGGUGUCGGCGAGAUGAAGAUCCUGCAUCACCCCGAGUACGGCAGCUACCGGCUGCUGAUGCGCCGAGAACAAGUUUAUAAGAUCGUGUGCAACUUCCUAAUUACAUCGGACGUGACGUUCCACCCACUCUCGAUGUCGCAGCAGGCCUGGAUGUGGGGCGGCAUGAAUCAUGCCCAGGAAGAAUCGUGCGUCGAACAGUUAGCGGUUAAAUUUAAAUCACCCGAGCUGGCCAAGCAGUUUAAGGGGCUCAUCGAUACGAUUCAGCAGGAAUUGCGCGAGAAGGAGGACGCUCAAGGUGAGAGUCAUGUUAAUGAGGAGGUGGAAGAGAGCGAACACGACCGGGACAAUGACGUGGAUGAGGAAGAAGAAGAGGAAGACGACGAAGAGGAAGAUGAAGAUGAUGAGGAGGAAGAGGACGAGGAGGACGAUCAGGAAAUGAUGCCCAUAAUGGAAAAACGCGCCACCGUAUUCUCUAGGUGGCCUAACGAGACCAAGUGGGAGAUUGUGGGCUUAGGGAACCUGGCGAUCCAUUACGAUUCCGAGAUCUAUGCGGAGAGGAUUGUACUGAAACUCGAUGAUUCGGAGGAGUACGCGAGCAACACUAUUAUUAGCAUGGAAACGGUGAUGCAGGUGGAAGGCAAGGAGUGCAUCUGGAGCGGAAUCGAUUACGCCUUGGAACCACCAGUGAGGAGGGUACUAAGAGCGGUUUUCUCAUCGCUGCAGGCGGCACAAGAGAUGCAGAAAUUUUUUGAGGAGGGACUGGUGAGCGCAAAGCAGGCGGGUGUCGUCGAAUAUCAAGAGUGAUUCUUAGUGUAAUAUCUAAGAGAAUAGGCUGUUACUACAUCAUUUAUUAGCAUCCUAUUUUAAGUGCAACUGGAUUGUUUUUUCUUUUCUUUUUUUUUUUUCUUUAUUUGCUCUUUUACUCGAAUGUAAGGAAAAACUUUACUCAUUGUUAGAUCUUUAUUAUAUUAUGUAUACAUAGCUUCUUUUUUUAUUGAACUUGAGACGCAAGUUAAAAGUGAGUAUAACAACAUUGUCCUUAUAUUCGUGUAGACAAGCGCGUUUCCGUAGUGAUACUUUGUACGCUACGUGAAGCAGCGCUAUAUAUUUAUAACAAUAGGACGGAGAAGAAAAAUAGAGAGAAAAUCAAACGCCACGAUUUUUAGCUUAUUCAUUCUUUGUACAAUAUAAGUUUGUCUUUAAGGAAAAGAGAGAAAAAAAUAUGUGCCAAUUAUGAAAGCGCUUUCUAUUUCUCAUUGAAAAUACUGUCUCGUAAUUAUAUUGAUAAUUAUAUCAGAGUAUAUCGAUGAUUAUCUCAGAAUUAUAUUUUCGAACGGACAUAUAUUAGUGGAUCAUUGCCGAUGGGAAACACGUGUUAAAUGUUCAUAAUAAUUCAUGAUAUAAUAACACGAAUACACAUUGAGGAUUUUUUCCACUUGUAAUAGCAAUUUAAAAUUUCAAAUAUCUCAAGAAAAGAAAGAUAUUGGUCUCUAAAUUAUAAAGCUGUGAAGUUACAGCAGCAAAUAAUAACUACUGUGUAAAUAUUAAGUGAUGUGAUUUUAUUUAUAGUUAUAGCAAAUAAUAAAGAGUUACUCUGAGGUAGAGAAAUAGAAAUCUCUUACAAAACAUAUUGCUCAUAUAAUUAUCAAAUGGUGUAUGAUGUUAAAGAUUGAUCAGCCCAAAUCUUGAAUUAUAUAAACUUUUCCUGAAAAGAUAAUCAGGUAAGUGACUUAUCUCCAUAUGAUUUUUUCGUACAAAAUUUGUAUUCAUUUGUUCUACAACAAAUAUAUUAGAAUCGUGAAACUUGA